AUGAUGCGCCUUCGACACAACACCAAGUUCAAGGGAGGAGGGCUAGAUUUGGGCGAAGCACCCAGCUCGGUGGCGUCACCAAAGGAGCACCUAGAAUUCCUCCGGCUGUUCCGAGACCAGAUGCGCCAGCGUCAGGAGGAAGGGGAAGAACACCCUCACCACGGCGCGGAGAUGGCCGGGGAUGAAGACAUGCUGGCGGCUAACUUCGCGGAAGCCCAGAUCCGGGCUCUGGUGAACAACGAGCUCGAGGCAUGCCUUGUGCUCCACGAGAGCAAGGAGUUCUGGCAGCAUCGCCUCGAUCGACCGGGCGCGAACAUCCUCAACUGGAUAGAGAUGGGUCCGUGGACUUGGAAGACUCACACUACUCGGGAUUGCUGCGAGUACUAUCUGGGGAGUCUCAGCCGCUGCAAGCGUCUCCUCAGAAACAAAAUCCUGAGUGCGGGAUCGCUACAACUUCACCUGACACAGAUGAAGCAGGCCUACAUGGAAGGCACGUUGAGCGAGUGGACGGCAGCAGCGUUGGUGUUGAUCCAACGUACCCUAGAACCCUCCACCGACGGAAUAACCCCGGUGAAUAGCACCACCAGCGGAGGCAGCAGCACCAGCCGCAGACGGAGCCGCAGUAGCCACCCCCGCCGCUCGCUGGCAUCGGCGUUGACAUCAAGAGAUUGCAGCCCCACACAUAGGAACGGUAUAUGGCGUAGGGUCAGGAGCGAUGGGUCUAGUGUUGCGAAAAACACAAGGGGUCAGUCUGUGCUGCGGCGAGUGUUGAGCUUGGGCCGACGAGACCGACACGCUCAAGAGUUCGCUCAAGGUGGGAGCGGAGACGGAGAUGACGGUCAAUCUGAAGGCGGUCAACAGCAGGUGGAAAGCAGUCAAGGAGAAGAAGAUGCUACUGAAGAAGGAGAUGCGACGAAGGCCCACAAUUGCCUGAAGAAGGGUGGAGACAAACCUGCUGCUUUCAGAACCAGCAUCGAGGGCACCUCGGACGGUAGCAACCGCGAUCCCGCGGGACCCCCUUCACCUGUACCUCCAGGCCCGGAAGAGGAGGAGGCUGGACUGGCGAGGGCGGACUUCGCCGAUCUUCUAAGAGAUGCUCAAGAGGGGGUUGAGGCGGGUAUCGGGGCAGGGCAAGAGGGGGACAUCAUCAGAGCCUUGUUGAGAACAUCGGAGGAGCUAGUCGCUACGGUCGAGACGCAGCAGAAGAACAGGAUUCCUCUGCUGCUGGGAAGAUUUGCGGCUCCGUCAAGGAUAAGACGGAACUGGAUGUUCAUUGCUGUGGCUACUCCUGCGGCGUUGGUGGCCAUGUUCUACAUGUACAGGAAUAGGUGGUUGCACGAUGAAGGGCUUCAACGAUGGAGACAGUUUGUGCGCGAGCACAUAUCGGAACCCUUCUGGGGCAUCUACAACGAGCUCGUGCACAAUCAGCCCUUGACGCUGACGGACGCCAAUGCCUUAGCCGACAGCUCAUUCAGCCUCCAGCGGAUGUUGGAAGCCUUCAUCAAGGAUACAAAACCCAACCUUUCAGAGGGAGAGGUUAAGAAAAUGGCGAGAACGGGAGACAUGAGUGUUGUGAGCCGUGAGUACGAGAGGAGCAUUAUCAACGCCUGGAAGAACUUCGUCGCGGGAGACAUCGUGCGAAUGAUGUUGAUACAGGUCCAGUUCAUCAAACGAGAGCUGCUGAUCGCGACGACGGCCAUCGGGCAGCUGGCAAGGGAGAACGAACUGAACCUCAGGAUGAUGGCCACUGUCCCUGCCUUCCUCUUGGCCUGGGGAUCCUACAGGGCAGUGAGGCCCGCAUACUACUGGCUCAAGUCUGAGAAGUCGCGCGAGUCGACGUUCACGGCGAUGUGCACCAUUGUGCUGGCCAUGGAAAGACUUCUCAACCUCCGACACCGGGAAGGGACGUGGCUACAACUCGCCGCUGAUCAUCCGGUAGCCGCGGAUGAGAAGAAGGCAGAAGGGGAGGUAGGGCUGCCGCGCAGGCGUGGUAGUCUGUUGAAGCCGCUCGGCCACUCGGACAACUGCACCAGACAGGUCGUCGUGUCUGCCGGGCGUGGCCAGGGUCUGAUGGCUGUACGAGUGUUGGAUGAGCUCGACUUGGGCAAGUUGAUGAUGCUCGUGCAUCAGGUCCUGAGACUGAUUCGGUCAGGACCUCGACGAUUCCCACGAAGAGACCUCGUCAACUUGCACGAGGACUUGGCUGAGCUGGUCGGGGAGAGGGGUUUGGUGUCCGUGGGCCAGCAGCUCCAGAUCGUGCAGCGGGUGCAGCGCUCCUACAAGUUCCUCCUGCCGCGCCGUUGA